AUGAACGAGACUCCCCGACUUCGGUCUGCGUUCCCCCAGACACCUCAAACUGCUCCGCGAUCUAGAGAUUUUACCACUCCGACCUCAAAGCCCAGAUCUAGAGAUGCUGUCCAACGAAGAUCCCCGACCAAACCACCGCCCCCCACCGCUCCCGAUGCGCCUUCGCCGCUCAUUCCUGUCAGUCUAAUCGACGCUCCAUCCCAACGACUCUACGUGGUCGCUUUCUAUAUCGCUCUCAACGCCUGGCGCCUUUACGAGUCAUACACAGCUUCGGAUGAUUUGGAUUCAACAUGGUUGUUUUUGAAAUGGGCUUCGAUUGACGGAGUUUUCCUCUUCGGCCUGCAGGCCCUACGCAUUCCCUGGUUAGAAUGGGCCUUCCCCACGACUUUGGCCCUCUUCCUGCUCCAUGUAGCCGGCAAUAUAUUUCUAAUGUUCCAGAUUCCGAUCCCUCUCGGCAUGUGGUUUACGAGUAUGAUCAAGGUGGCUUACGACCGAGAGUUGUCCAUAUCGGAGCGAAGUGUCAAGCCAGCGGAUAUCAUUCACAAUGCUUCCCUGAUUCUCGGAAAGCAAAUCGUUCAUAUUUUGCCAGAAGGAUCUGCAACCUUGAACCCCGAUCAGGUCCCCCUUUGCAUCGAUUCCCAAAACACGGCCGUCAGUUUACCAAUCCGAAUCAACCAGACCGACCCGAUUUUAAUCGAGCUGUUCCGUCUCGAUUUCAACACCGGCGACAAUGAGACCAUAUCGUACCCCUCCAAGCAGCUAAAACAGAUAAAGCGCCAUUCCGAAAAGCACCACCCAAUUUCGUCGGACGCUCUGCAUCGUGAUCUUCUGCUACCCGUUCGGCGUCCCGGUCUUUACCGUCUCCAAAGGGUGGUGGACGAAUCCAACCUUGACGUUCACUUGCGAGUAUCGGAUGCGCUCGUGGUUUCGUGUCCACGCGCUUUGAUCAAAAAUUCGCAUACGCACAAGUGCAGGGGUGACCUCUCCAAUUUGGUCUUGACCGUGGAAGGCACGCCACCAUUGAAGAUCAAAUAUAGCAGACAAGUGAACCGUCUUGAUCGGGGCUUUUCGUUCCAGAACAUCCAGCCAGACCAUCUCCGCUCUCCUCUACUGAGCCAGAGAAACUCCGGCAUUCUGUUCAAUGCUCGAGAGCCGGAUGUAGCUUGGGCCCAAAGCCAGGUCAUUGAGCUUCCUUUGAACGAGUCAUUGAAUGUCGGGGGAGAAUGGCUUUACUCGAUUGAAGAAGUGCAUGAUGGCAGCGGAAACGUUGCGAAUUACUCGACCCUGCUAGAUGAACUUGACCGGCCCUCCACCAAGUCACAAUCUCAGUGGCAUCAGUUCUCUGUCCACGAGAGACCACGACUGUCCCUUUCCGGAUGCAACGCCCAGCAUUUCAUUGAAGUUGCACGCGGGGAAAACGUCGACCUUCCCCUCAAAUUCCACCAGUCUGGACAAGGGUAUGAGGGCGAUGGACCUUUCUCCCUCAUGUACUCAUUCAGCGGAGGUGACCAGGAGAGCGAGGAUGGUUCGCCUGGUAAAAUCCGACAGCUGACUCUCAAGAGCCUCAACCAAAGACCUCAGAUCAGAGAGUCUGGGUGGUACAACCUGAACUCGGUGUCCAGUCAAUUCUGCUCUGGGGAGGUGUUGGAACCGUCGUCAUGCUUUUUGCACAACCCGCCAGAGCCGGAAGUCACCGUUAAAUACGAGAAGGUCUUCGAUAAAUGUGCAAAUAACCCAGUUGGGCUGCUCGUUGACCUAGAUCUUACCGGCUCUCCGCCUUUCCGACUCCGGUAUGUUAUCGAACACUCCAAAGGGGUAGAAACGAAGUCACAGACCAUUGAUGGCCUGCGCACUCAACUGGACUUCACUCCCUCCGAAGCGGGCUCGUAUCGAUACCGCUUCCUGGAUAUCGCAGACACUGUAUAUGCGCCCCGUUCCCUCAAAGAUAAAACCCCCGUUCUGGAACAAGACGUGAAACCGCCGGCGUCCGCUCAUUUCCUGGGUUCAAGGGAAGUGCGAAAGGCUUGCUUCGGAGAGCCUGUGUCCGUCGAUGUUGCGUUUCUUGGCGAAUCACCCUGGACUUUGCAAUACGAGCUCGUCCAUAAUGGCAAGAAGACGAAGCAUGUUCUGGAAUCGGACAGCGACGUCUCCACUAUUGUGACGGAUAAGCUUGUGAGUGGCGGCGAAUACAAUCUUGUCUUGACAAGUGUCAAGGAUCGUUCAAACUGUAAGCGGGCCUUGAAGGAUAGUAUCAAGAUUCAGGCUCGUUCCAAGCCACCUCGCGCGUCAUUCGGUGAAAUUGAGAAGAGCAGAAGCUAUUCGGCAUUGCAAGGCUCAAAAAUCGAUAUUCCUCUUCGAUUGAGCGGCGAGCGGCCUUGGACUGUACGAUACAAGACGGACACGGAUUCUUCCGCCACGGAGAAGACCUUCUGGCAAGAGAACAGUGCUUUGACUGUGGGACAAGAAGGUCGCUAUGAACUCCUCUCGGUCUCAGAUGCCUCUUGCCCUGGGUCCGUGGACCCUGCAGCUAAUGCAUUCGAGAUCAGUUGGAUUCCUCGUCCGCGUAUCACUGCUGUGGAUGGGUCGCCUGUCUCAGAUAGUGGUCGCCUGGAGAAGCGCGAUGUCUGUCAGGGUGUGGAUGACAGUCUCGAGAUUCGUCUGUCAGGUAACCCCCCUUACAGUAUCAGAUAUGAGCAACAACGCAAGUCAGCCCGGGGUUCCCCCUCUAUGCGGGUGCAGAGUGUGAAGACCGCCCUUCACGCGACCUCCAUAGAAAUGGAUACCUCCGAACCGGGCCUUUAUACCUACAAGUUCACUGGCGUCGGCGAUAACCUUUACGAUAAUGACCCCCGAAGCGUCCCGGUUGUCGUCACUCAGACCGUCAAUCCUCUCCCAUCUGCCCGGUUCGACGCUCCGGGUCGGAUCUACGGGUUCUGCAAGGAAGACGUUAGCGGUGAAGAGUUGAUCCCCGUCACUCUCGAAGGCGUGCCUCCGUUUGCUCUUGAAAUUUCCAUCAAACAUCAUUCGAAGGCCAAACCGGAGAUCGUGUCGAUCCCUAACAUCAACUCAAACCGCCACAAUCUCCCCAUACCGCGUCGCCACCUUGAUCUCGGCCAGCAUGUUGUCAGCAUUCGGAAGGUCCAGGAUGCGCGAGGUUGUCAACGGACAACCGAGUUCGACACUUCAUCUGUGAGAGUGGCGGUCUCCGAUGUGCCUACAAUAAUCCCUCUUGAGUCCAAGACGGACUAUUGUGUUGGGGAACGCCUGUCCUUCUCUCUGUCUGGGCAUGCACCCUUUGACGUAUUCUACACAUUCGAUGGAGCCUCCCGAAAGGCUACGUCUCGGACCACCAACUUCCGUCGUAUCGCCGAAAGGCCCGGCGUGUUCACCAUCACCGGUGUCAGCGACGGAGCCAGCGGAAAAUGCAAGGCCCACAAGAACAUCACGAAGACCAUUCACGAGAUGCCGAGCGUUAGAAUCAGCAGAGGGCAAACUUCUGUGAUUGAUAUACACGAAGGUGGAGAGGCCGAGCUCAAUUUCGAGUUCUGGGGAACGCCGCCGUUUGAAUUCACGUACAUCCGGAGCUCGAACACCCGGAAGGGAAAGAAACCAGAGAUACUUGACAUCAAACAUGAUAUCUCUUACGAGCACAUGAAGACCAUCAAGACCUCGGAUGAAGGAACGUAUGAAGUUGUGGCGAUCAAGGACAAGUAUUGCUCCUUCUCUUCCCAGGCUCAAAUAGAGAAGUCUGAGAAGUCUGCACCUGGCGCAUGA